AUGGCUCUCUCAUUGAUAGGUAAAACAAUUAUAGCCUCAUUGAGCGCUCAAAAAAGGACUGGUAUAGAGUGUGUUAACUGCAAAACCAACCAUACAACACUUUGGAGGCGAAAUUCGUUGGGUCAACCGGUAUGCAAUGCAUGUGGCUUAUAUCACAAGCUCCAUAAUAUUUCACGACCAAUAUCAAUGAAAAAAGAUGGAAUUCAAACCAGGAAUCGUAAAAUCAGUACAAAAAAUAAAAAUAAGAAACGCAGUCCAACAGAGGGACCGUUCUAUGGAAUGCUAAAACCACAACCAAAUCCAUACGGUGAUAUGAAAUUUCAUUUACCUUCAGCACAUGCAUAUAUUCCAACUGCCACGCAGGCUUCUUAUCCAGCUCAAUUUAUUUUCCAUGCCUCAUAA